AUGGUAGAGGUUUUUCGGCAUCUUGACCCCGUAGAUCUGCUACAUCUCUCGUGGGCAUCCAAGGACUUUCACGCGCUGCUCAUGGCGCGCUCUUCCGCCUUCAUAUGGAAGACCGCAUUCGCGAACGUCCCUGGCAUGCCGAGCUUGCCGCCCGACAUGAAUGAGGCGCAGUACGCUCGUCUCGCUUUCGUGCCGUUAUGUUCGCUGUGUUGCAAGGCCACGGUACGUAAGAUUGACUGGCCUUUGCGAUGCCGCAUAUGUUCGAGCUGUGCUGAGGCCGAGCUCGAGGAGACCGAGGAUGACAUGUCAGAGGUACCCCACCGACCCCAUAUUAAGAAUAAUGGCAUCAACGUAUAUGUUGAAUCGGCUUAUGAUGAUUACCGCGCGGCGCUCGAUGGCCUUCCGACAGAUGAAGACAAGAAAGCGUUCAGAUCGCAACGCAAGCAAGACGUAAAGAUUAUACUGGAACACGCGAGCCUUUGUGAAAAGUGGUCCGAAUCUCGCUCGCUAGAUCGUACGGCGGAGCUGCGUGAGAUCCGCAAGCAGAGGUACAAGGAUGUCAUUGCAAGACUCACAGACCUGGGAUGGGGGGAUGAGAUCAAGGUGUUGUACCCGGCGGACCUCUUGUGGCAGGACAGCCGCGUGAAGCAAAACCGGAAGCUGACUGACAGAGCAUGGAACAACAUCCGCGAUCCCCUUGUGAGAAUGAUGGAGAAAGCCAGAGAUGAGCGCUUGGCUCGUGAUCGGAAAUCGCUCCUCUCCAAGAGAAGGCUAGUGGCCGGCCAGGCGCUUAACCGCUGGAAGGUUGACUUCCUAGCGAAGCAGGGCAAGCUUCUUCUUUUGCCCGAAGUGGCGGACUUCGUAUGCUUCGAAGAGGUACAUUCCAUUAUCAAGGCUCCUGUAUCCCAGGAGAUCACGAUCGAGUCGUUCGCACCCGUUCUGGAAGUCAUGUCGGAUAUCAUCCCCCGCUGGCGCCAAUCCAUCACCAAGCAGCUCAUGAAGAAGGUGUAUUCCAUCAUAUACGAGACGGAGUAUUCGUCCCUUUCACGCGAAGGGAAACUGGAGGCCCUGGACAUGACUCUCAAGGAGUGCAAGUUAGCCAAGACCGUUUUCAAAUGCCCAUGCUGUGAACCGGAUGAGGCGGAGAAUCCCAACUUCUUCCUCUUCGCUGCGAUGGCCGCGAUGUUGGGUGCCUAUAAUGCCGGCGCUACCGAUGAAUUCUUCGUGACACAGGCGCCGCUCUUCUAUCCAGCCGUCCUAGGACACGAGUGCCUGAGGCGCUCCCCGGAAUCGUGGUGGGACAUGACCAUGCACCACAGGAUCGAGGAAUACCGCUGGACGAAGAUCGCGCCGGAACGCCAUUGGGACGAAUCCGACGACGACUUCGACCCUUAUGAUGACGAGUGGAUGUGCCGCGUCACCUGGACACCGGAAGAUUUGGAGCUGGACAGGACGGCGGGGAGACUCGUGACGCGAUUACUCGAACAAUGCGGCCUGGAUCCGGACACGACGACGGCGGAGGAGAUGGACAAACUCGAUUAUCUGUUUUCCUGCGGGAAGUGCGACAAAGUCAUGGGGUGGAAGAUGACAAUCGCACAUCAGCGCAAACACGCGGGCAGUGAGAUCAAAUGGACUCGCUUGGACGACGAGGAGGCUGAACGUUAUCGACGUGCAGAGAGACACGUCGACAAGGAACUCGCCGAGUGGAAAUGCGUCCAUUGCAUCGAUCUGCCGACAGAAGUCUGCCAGCAAGAGUUGCCUUGCAUUCGGCAACAUCUGCACGGAAGUCACUCGAUCAGAGCGCCAAUCGAGGGACGUGAUUAUUUCCGUGUUCGUAGCCCGCCAUAUCGUCAUCCAGUUGCAUACACCUCCGACGGUAUGCACGUCGAGAAGACUAGAGCUGGGGUGUUUGUCGAAGAGGAAUGUUCAGAUGAAGAAUAAGGACUCCUGCAAGAUGAGGACAAUUGAUGUUUGAAGGCAGCGGGUCCGACCAAAGCGUAAAGCACACCUACGAUAGUAUAGCACUCACCUACCUAAUAGAUACUGCUAUCUGUCUACCUACAAGUCGUACAUAGUCUGCAAGAUAUAGUUAAG